UCGGCGACCGAGGUAGUAGUAUAACAUGCCCAGUAGCCGUCACUGGCUUCAAGAAUUGGACUUUUCCCGUCUCUGACCCUCACACACAAGAAAGAUACAGAUACUUCGUUACGAAUUUCAAAUCUUACCCGUGCAAACCCCCAAUAAGGCGUGAAAACCACCUAACCGCCAACAUGUUAGCCCCCCUCCUCCUCACCCUCUUCGCAGCCCUCACAACAUCCCAAUUCAACCGCCCCCCAAUGCUCCGCUUCCAAUGCUCGCAACUCGUCAUCGACCGUCUCGACCCCCUCGUCAACCCAGGCCUAACCCCGUCCCCGCACCUCCACCAAAUCGUAGGCGGCAACUCCUUCCGCGCCAACAUGCCCCCUAUCACGCACGACCUCCCUUCGCUCUCCACCUGCACCUCGUGCUCCUUCAGCGAAGACUUCUCAAACUACUGGACCGCAGUCCUCUACUUCCGCGCGCGCAACGGCACCUUCAAACGCGUCUCGCAGUCCCCUAACGAGGGCCUCGCAGGCACAGCCGGCAUCACAGUCUACUACAUCCCCGACACGCGCAACACCACCUCCGUGACGGCGUUCCGCCCUGGUUUCCGCAUGCUCGUCGGCGAUCCCCUUUUAACGUCCCCCGCGGAACCGCGGAAAGUCUGCCACAGGUGCAUGCCGGCGAAGGGCGAUAACGCGUGGCUUAACUGCGCGAGCCCCGAUAGUCAGUUCUUACCCCGCGAAAUGUGUGUUGGUGGGAUGAGGAGCGUGGUUACGUUUCCGACGUGUUGGGAUGGCGUGAAUCUGGAUAGUCCGGAUCAUAGGAGCCAUGUGGUUUAUGCGGAGGGCGCGGGCGCGACGGAUAGUGGGCCUACGGGGAAAUGUCCUGCGAGCCAUCCCGUGGUGAUUCCGCAGGUCAUGUACGAGGUUAUUUGGAAUACCCAUCACUUCAACGAUAAAUCGCUCUGGCCCGAAGAUGGGUCGCAGCCUUUUGUCUGGAGCACAGGCGAUCAACACGGCUACGGUCAGCACGGCGAUUACGUGUUUGGCUGGAAAAACGAUACCCUUCAGCGCGCCAUGGACUCGCGCUGCGAUGGCAACGUGUGUAAAGAGCUGAAGUCGCAGUCAGCGGAUGCGGCUGAUGCUUGCACGGUGCCGAGGACGGUGGAUGAAGAUGUUGAUGAGUGGUUGACUGAGCUCCCGGGGAAUCGCACAAUCUAUUGA